CAGAGAUUCCAUGUCGACCGACGCGUUGCUUCCCGAGGACGACGACCGCCGCUUCGUGUGCCCGAUCGACGGCUGCAACAAGCGCUUCAAGCGCAAGUUUACGCUCCAGGAGCACGAGAAGACGCACAGCGGCAUCCGCCCGUACGUUUGCCCGGUGCCCGGCUGCGACCGCCACUUUAGCACCUCCGGGAACCUCUCUCGCCACACGUUUACUCACACGGGCGAGAAGCCGUAUGCGUGCGCUUGGGAGAAGUGCGCCAAGCGGUUUUGCACGCGCGAGAAGCUCGUGCGCCACCUCAAGACGCACGUCGGACUGCGGCCGUACACGUGCCCGACCUGCGCCAAGUCGUUCACGACGUCCGGCAACCUCGCCCGCCACGCGAAAUCGCACCUUCCAGCGUCGCAGCGCGGCACGACUGGCGUCGCCCGGACGCUCAAGAUCAUGAAGAAGCGCCGCGUCGCCGACGAGCUCGCGACGCCGAUGGCGUGCCAAGCGCCGCUGGGCAUUUCGCUGCUGCUCGACGAGUCGACCGACCCGACCCCGCUCGACAGCCCCGAGUACGCGUCGCCCUCCGACGACGCCGACAUUGAGGCCAUGUGGCUCGAGCAGGACCUCGAGCGGCUCUGCUUGCCGUCGGGUGCGAGCAGUGGCAGCGAAGCCCCGUCGCCGAACAUUUUGCAGGCCCACCCCCCGGCCAUGUGGAGCACGAGUGCGUACCCGCCCGUGCCGAGCCCGAGCCCGUGGCCCGUCCAAGGCGUCUACGGGGGCUUAUAGACCAACAAGCGUGCUGUCGUCGUACUAGUAUAAUAUGUUAACUUAAAACCCUCCCUUCCCACGACAACUACAAGAAUUUCGCAACAAUAACUCGUUCUAGUUGG